AUGCAAUAUUUAUAUGAUGAAAACCAACGUAAAUAUAUCGACUGUAUAAAUAAUGUUCAACAUGUUGGUCAUUGCAAUAAAAUUGUUGUUGACUCGAUCGCAAAACAACUGUUACAAUCAACUUGUAAUUCACGUUUUGUGAGCACAAAACUGGUAGAAUGUGCGCAAGAAAUUUUGAAGACUCUUCCUGGCUUCGAUACGAUUUUAUUUUGCAAUUCCGGAUCAGAAGCCAACGAUUUAGCUUUACGAUUAGCGCGGGAUUUCACAAAGCACAACGAUGCGAUUGUUCUUGACCAUGCAUACCACGGCACAGUGACAACAACGAUGCAGCUAAGUCCUUAUAAAUUCAAUCACGGAUGCACAAUAAAACAGCCAAAUUGGGUUCACGUCGCUCCAUGUCCCGAUGUGUUUCGCGGCAGAUAUAGAUUAUCUGAUAAUGAGCUUCAUGAUGAGGAUUGCAUUAAAAAUGCAGGCAAUUUGUACGCAAAAGACGUUCAGCACAUUCUCGAACAAAAUAAAAAAAGCAACCGAACGAUAGCUGCAUUUUUCGCAGAAGCUUUGCAGUCAUGUGGAGGACAAAUUGUUCCACCAAAUAAUUAUUUUGCCGAAGUUGCGAGAAAUCAAAAGACAAAAUUUUCAAAAUCGAAAUUUCUCAAUUAUAAAUUUCAAAAUUUAGAAUUCACUGCUGAUAUUAUCACAAUGGGCAAAUCAAUCGGUAAUGGAUAUCCUGUUGCUGCCGUAGCAACUCGUAAAGAAAUCGCUGAUUCAUUAGGAGGAAACGUUGGAUAUUUCAACACUUACGGUGGUAAUCCAGUUGCUUGUGCGGCGGUACUUGCUGUUCUCAGCGUUCUUAAAACGGAUGAUCUUUUGAAUCAUUCACAACAAAUGGGAAAAAUUUUCAAUUCAGAACUGAACAAACUCAAAAACAAACAUAAAUGUAUAGGAGAUGUGCGUGGAAUUGGAAUGUUUUGGGGAAUAGACCUGGUUAAAGAUAAAGAAAACCGAACUCCAGACAAACAUCUCGCUAAUACGCUUACUGACCUGCUCAGAAAUAAAUAUGGAAUUUUGAUUAGUGCUGAUGGUCCAUAUUCAAAUGUGCUUAAAAUAAAGCCGCCAAUGUGCUUCACUGAAUCGGAUCUGUAUGAGGUUAUAAAAAUUUUCGAAUGA